CAUACGCGCCUUGAUACGCGCACUCCGCGCACUGAAAUAUAAAGUUUAGUGUGUACGUACACGGCGUACGCGUGCACGCUUUUCCGCUAAUCGGAGUGAGCGCGCGCAGUAGAUUAACCGCCGAAACGUGAAUGGAUCUUGCAUCGACGAAGUUAUUUACGAGUCGAUGAAACAAAAGGGAUUUUUGUACUCGAGCAAUAGGUGAUUUUUAUUCUUUCGAAAUGGCAGAUUUUUUGGAUGCUGAAGCUGAAGAGAGUAGUGAGAGUGAACAAGAAGUGAACCAUGAUGAGAAGAAAGCGAAAAAAAGGGCCAAGAGAAUGAAAGAGAGUGAUGAGGAAGAAGAGGAUGAAGAAGAUGAGGAAGCUAUGUUGCAAGAAGAACUGAAGGAUCUGAUCAAUGACGAGUCAUCUGGGGAGAGCGAAAGUGAAGGAAGCGAACAUUCUGGCGGAAGUAAAAAGAGAAAGAAAAGUCAAAGCCCCGAUUUCGAUGAUAGGUUAGAAGACGACGACUAUGAUCUUAUAGAGGAAAAUCUUGGAAUCACGGUUCAGAGGAAAAAACGAUUUAAACGCCUUCGAAGAGUCGAGGAACAAGAUUCAGAAGAGGAGCAGGAACGUGAACCAGUAGAAGAAAGAGAGGCCAUUGCGAAUCAACUUUUCGACGGUUCUGGAGACGAAGAGGACAGAAGAAGCGUAGUAAGUCAUAGACCCGAGCCGGUGAAUUUGCUUACCGAAGCGGAUAGUGAAGCUGAAAUUUCCGAUGCGGAUGAUUUCAUCGUUGACGAUGACGGGAGACCCAUCGCCGAUAAACGUCGCAAGCGGAGAGCACAGUUGGAAGAUGCUUCGUUGCGAGAAGCCCAAGAAAUCUUUGGAAUCGACUUCGAUUAUGAGGAGUUCGAUAAAUAUGGAGAAGAAGCGGAUGUCGAGGAGGAUGAAGACGAUGAGUAUGUCGACGACGAUCUUCUUGAGGGCGAAAAAACACAACGAGUUCUGAAGAAAAGACGGACGAAGAGGAGCACGAGAAAAAGUAUAUUUGAGAUUUACGAACCUAGUGAACUCAAACGUGGUCAUUUUACGGAUAUUGACAACGAGAUUCGGACCGCUGAUAUACCCGAGCGAAUGCAGCUUCGUUCGGUUCCUAUAACUUCUGUGCCCGAAGGUUCCGACGAAUUGAGUCUCGAGGCAGAUUGGAUAUACAAAUACGCGUUUUGUCGUCCGAGUAUUUCGGUGCAAGAUGCUCACCUGAGCGUAGAAGCGAAAGAGCGUGCUCGGAAAGGGCCUCAGGCAGUUGGGAAGAUAAAAAAAGCUUUGGACUUUAUGCGGAAUCAAAAUUUCGAAGUGCCAUUUAUAUCGUUUUACAGAAAGGAAUACGUGAAUCCUGAAUUGAAUAUAAACGACUUGUGGAAAAUUUACAAGUGGGACGCAAAAUGGUGCCAAUUGAGCGAGCGAAAAAACAAUCUCAUCGCGCUGUUUGAGAAAAUGCGGAGUUACCAGUUGGACGAAAUCAUGAAAAAUCCGGACGUUCCGUUGCCCGAGGGUAUUCGGGUAAUCAGAGAAGAAGACAUCGAUCGUUUGAGAAGCGUGGAGACGAGUGAAGAGCUCAACGAUGUCCAUCACCAUUUCAUGCUCUAUUACAGCCACGAAAUUCCAAAAAUGCAAGCGGAAAUCCGCCGAAAAUGGGCAGAAGCGAGACGAGCCGCGAAGUUGGCAGCGGCCCGUCAACGGAGAAUCGAAGCCGGUGAGCUUAGCAACGACGACGACGACGACGACGAGAUCGAAAUCGCCGAAAAUAUGGAACACGAAAACGAGGAAUUUUUGAAACAGGCUUCGAGAACCGGACCUUACGCGAUUUGUAGGCGUGCCGGGCUCGAUGGCUUCGCCCAAAAGUUUGGUCUAACACCGGAGCAGUACGGCGAACAUCUUCGCGACAAUUAUCAGCGUCACGAAAUAGAACAAGAUCCCAUCGAACCGUCGACCGUAGCGUUCGAUUAUUUGGGAGAGAAAAUUAAAACCGUCGAGGAAACGCUCGAGGCAGUUCGUCUCAUGGUAGCGAUUCAACUCGCCCGUGAGCCUCUCGUGCGAAAAUGUGUUCGCGAAGUUUACAUGGAGCGGGCUAAAAUCACGGUGCGUCCAACAAAGAAGGGCAUCAAAGAGAUUGAUGAGAACCACGCGAUUUACACGAUGAAAUAUCUCAAGGACAAACCCGUUAAUCAACUCGUCGGUGACGAUUAUCUCAAGCUCGUCAACGCCGAGACAGAGAAACUCAUCACACUCACAUUAAGUGACACCGUUGAAGGCACACUAGGCAGCGAUUCCCUGCUCGCCGAGAUGAAGCAGCUCUACCAUCGAGACGAAUUCAGCAAAAACGUUCAAGAUUGGAAUGCCCUAAGAGCCGAAAGCGUUCGUAUCGCUUACGAGCGGAUGCUCAUACCCGAUUUCAAGAAAGAACUUCAUGCCCAUCUCAUGGCAGAAGCCAAAGAAUUUGUUCUACGCUCUUGUGCCCGAAAAAUGUACAACUGGAUUAAAGUCGCACCGUACACCUGCAGCUUUGGAAAAUCUUCAUCAAAGUCGGCUCCAGAGCCGGCACAAAAUGAAGAAGAGCAAUGGGACGAUCCCGAGGAGAAUCCGGCUGAGAAAACAACGAACGGCGAAGAGCGUCAGUUCGAAGACGACGAAGAGUGGAAAACGGACAAAGGCCUGAGGGUCAUGGGACUCGCUUACGUUCCUGAUUAUUCGCAAGCCGCUUUCGCUUGCAUUAUUUCCCCGGACGGUGAAUGUACCGAUUACCUGCGUUUACCGCAUCUCAUGAAGCGUAAAAACAGCCCCCGGGAGGAAGAGAGAACGUUCAAGGAAGCGGAUUUGCUCGCAGUCAAGCAUUUCAUCGCCACGAAGAAGCCUCACGUUGUCGCGAUCGGCGGAGAAUCCCGAGAAGCGACGAUGCUCCGGGACGAUUUGAAUGAGUGCAUCGCUGCGUUGGUCCAAGAGUCACAGUUUCCGGAAAUCCAAGUUGAAAUCUGCGAGAAUGAACUCGCUAAAAUUUAUGGAAACAGUAAUCGUGGAAUUCAAGAAUUUCGCGAUUACCCGGAGAUUCUUCGACAAGCAAUUUCGGUCGCGCGCCGCCUCCAGGAUCCCCUGAUCGAAUUCUCACAACUUUGCGGCAUCGACGACGAGAUUCUUUGCCUCAAUUAUCACAAGUAUGAAGACCAAAUACCGAAAGAAGAACUUUUGGAAAGUAUUCAACUGGAAUUCGUGAAUCGAGUCAACGAGGUCGGGGUCGAUCUUAAUCGCGCAUUGCAACACGAAAACACCGCGAAUCUUGUGCAGUUCGUUUGCGGGUUAGGGCCCCGAAAAGCUCACGCUCUGCUCAAGCUCCUCAAACAGUCGAACAAGCGGAUUGAGAAUCGCACGCAACUCGUAACCGUUGCUCACAUGGGACCGAAAGUUUUUAUAAACAGCGCAGGCUUCAUUAAAAUCGACACAGCUAGUCUGGGCGACAGCACCGACACUUACGUCGAAGUACUCGACAGUACUAGAGUGCACCCGGAGACUUACGAGUGGGCGAGAAAAAUGGCGGUUGACGCUGUCGAGUACGACGAUGACAACGAGGAGGCCAAUCCUGCGGAUGCUCUUCACGAAAUAUUCGAAUCCCCCGACAGACUCAAGGAUCUCGAUCUCGACGCAUUUGCAGAAGAACUCGAACGACAGGGAUUUGGCAAUAAAAGUGUAACUCUUUACGAUAUCAGGGCCGAGUUGAAUUGCAGGUACAAGGAUCUGCGAGCCCCUUACGAGCCUCCAGGUCCUGAGAAACUCUUCAAUAUUCUCACCAAAGAAACUCCCGAGAGCUUUUACAUCGGGAAAUUAGUAUUAGCGAAAGUCACUUCGAUGAACCGACGAAAACCCGAAGGCGAACAACUCGACCAAGCAAAUCCGGUGCGCGACGAUAAAAGCGGACUCUGGCAAUGUCCGUUUUGCUUGAAAAAUGAUUUUCCUGAACUUUCUGAAGUUUGGAAUCAUUUCGAUGCCGCUACCUGCCCCGGCAGAGCCAUUGGAGUGCGAUUGCGUCUCGAUAACUCCGUGUCCGGGUACAUUCACGUGAGAAAUAUAUCUGACAAGCACGUGGCCAAUCCUGAGGACCGAGUUCGCCCUGGACAGGCGAUUCACUGUCGCGUUAUCAAAAUUGACGUUGAACGCUUCAGCGUUGAAUGUUCCAGUAAAAGCAGCGAUCUUCUUGACAAAAAUCACGAGUGGAGACCUCAACGAGAUUCACACUUCGACACAGAUGCGGAAGAAAAGGAUUUGCAAGCAGAGGCCGAGGCGAAAAAGAAUAAGCAACGGCAAGCCUACAUUAAGCGCGUCAUCGUCCACUCGGCAUUUCACAAUGUCAGUUACGCGGAAGCGGCUAAAAUUCUGGAACCGAUGAAACAGGGUGAAGCAAUAGUGAGGCCGAGCAGCAAAGGGAACGAUCAUUUGACUGUUACGUGGAAAGUCACCGAUGAUGUGCUCCAUCACAUCGACGUCAUAGAAGCCGAUAAAAAGUUCGCUUUUUCAUUGGGAAAACGACUUUUCAUCGAUAAGGAAGAGUUUGAAGAUUUGGACGAAAUUUUAGCGAGACAUGUCAAUCCCAUGGCUGCGUAUGCCUCCGAACUACUCGAGUGUCAUUAUUAUAAACGCAACGUUGACGGCAUUGAAGAAAAAGCCAACGAAAUGAUGAAGGAACAGAAGAAGGAAAACCCGGCUCGUAUCCCGUGCAUUCUCUCUGCUUCAAAGAAAUAUCCAGGCAAAUUUUUGCUUUCGUACUUGCCCCGAGAACGAUGCGUCCAUGAGUAUAUUUCCGUAUCGCCGGAAGGAGUGCGUUACAGAGGUCGUACAUUUGCGAGAGUUGGCGAGCUGUUCAGUUGGUUCAGGAAACAUUUCAGGGAUCCCCGGCCUGUAGUCGAGCUGAAACCCGCGCCGUUUUACACUCCGAGUGCCCUUCCAGAUACGAAUGAAAAUUCGAACGACGACGAUUUGAAUCAUCACACCCUCUCGAUGAUGUCGGACGAAACGCCGUACAGCUUCGAGCUCCGAACACCAAGAACCACCGGUGGAUCACAAUACGGCAGUAAUCCGAGCACACCGUACACUCCGACAGCCAAGACUCCUUACAUGACGCCUGUGUCUUGCAACACACCUUACCAAAGCCAGCAAACGCCAGGAUACGAUCCUGGCAACAAAGAUGGAGAAUUCUUACGUCCUGGGGUGCCACCCAGCGUCGCCGGAUGGGGUCGACGCUCCGCGACACCGUCACGAAACCAGUCCGAAGGCGAUUUUUACAACUGGAAGCGUGCACCAAACGGGACAUCUUCCGACGACAGUUCACAAGGCCGCGGUGGACGUGGCUGGGGGCGCGGUGGGCACGGUGGUAGAGGAGGGCGAGGCGGACGCGGUGGUCGAGGUGGACGAGGGCGCGGUGGAAAUUCGAAUUUCAAUAGUCCUCACGGCAAUUUCUCCAGCUCGACGCCAAUGGGAAGCAGCACUCCGUUGUGGGACGAGCCCGACAGCGGAGAUGGCUCCGGUUCGAGGGAAAAUUCGUCGUUCAAACGGGGACAUUCUUCGAGCGUUCCUGCGGUAGGAAGUGACACGCCUCUGUGGGAUGAGAGUGAGAGCUGGGACGACGAUGACGGAGGAGUAGCGGUGACACUGCCCUCGACGAAGCAGCGAAACGAUACGCAAAAUUUGUCGUCAGGAAAUAAAACGCCAUUGUGGGACGCGAGUGAAAGUUGGGACGAUCCGGACGAAGCGGCUCCGCAACCGGCAGCCGGUGCUUUCGCCUCAAAUGGUCUUCGUACCGAUCCUCGUCCGGGGACGAACACUUCGGUCACAGUGGGAAAUCGAUCUCCGCUGUGGGAUGCGAGUGAAAGUUGGGAUGAACCGGAGGAACCGACGGCCGCGGCUCCGCACAGAAUCCAACCGCAAUCCGCAGUUGGUGCUCGUCCCACAGGCAGCCGCACUCCUCUGUAUACCUCGGAGGAAAGCUGGGACGAUGAAGGACCAGUCGCCGUAGCUCCGAAAACCGCACUGCCGGCGGAGACGCGAAAUAAUUCUAAUUCACAACCGUCUUCGGGAAGAAACUCUUUCAAGGAUUCCAAUACAGGCACUCGCCCAAUCGGCAGUCGCACCCCGCUGUACGCACCGGAAGAAAGUUGGGACGAUGAGGAACCAGCCGCACCUACUACGCAGACCGUAACACCGACGCAGCCACGAAAUAAUUCGUAUUCCCAACCCUCGACGAGAAACUACCCUGCCAGUAAUCCGAGGGCAACGGCAGCAUCGAGUCCUCGUCCCCUGGGGAGCCGCACUCCUCUUUACACUCCGGAAGAAAGCUGGGACGAUGAGGAACCGGUGGCAGUAACCCCGCGAAACAUAACGCCGACCCAGUCACAAAACAAUUCUUAUUCCCAACCACCCGGGCGGAAAGAAUCUUUUACCAAUCCAAAAUCAGGCACUUUCGUGGCUGGCGGUCGUCCGAUCGGCAGUCGCACUCCUCUUUACACUCCGGAAGAAAGUUGGGACGACGAAGAACCGGUUGCGGCAGCUCCGAAAAUUGUAACACCGACGCAGCCACGAAAUAAUUCUUUUUCGCAAGUGUCAACGAGAAAAGAUCCAAGAGCGAACGCCGCAUCGAGUGUUCGUCCAACCGGAAGUCGCACUCCUCUAUACACACCGGAAGAAAGCUGGGACGACGAGGAUUCGGCUCCGGUGAUCCCAAAAAUAAUAACACCUUCGAGCUCUCAGGAUAAUGCACGAUCGGAAUCUUCGUCGAGAGGAAACUCCUUCAAUGCUCCAAAGGCACCGAGUGCUCGUCCAAUCGGAAGUCGCACGCCGUUGUACACACCUGACGAGAGCUGGGACGACGAGGAUCCGAUCCCACCGACUCCACGAAUCGUCAUACCAACUCGUUACAAAAAUGAGUUGAGUAACUCAAGCGCAACAUCGAGUCCCCGCCCGAUUGGAAGUCAAACUCCUUUGUACGCACCGGAAGAGAGUUGGGACGAGGACGAAGCAGGCGAGCCACCAAAGCCACCGUCUCCGAAAUCCUCGUACGCUCUUCCUCCUACGAACAUCAUUUCUCGUGCGGAUAUUCGUCCCGCAGGGAGUAAAACGCCGCUCCACACACCCAGCGAAAGCUGGUCAGGCUCAGAAUGUUCCUUCAGGACUUCUCCCCCCUCUUCACCUCGAGGAUUCCCCCUACGUAACAGUUGGAAUCGUGGUGGACGUGGAGGAAAUCGCGGUGGUCGUGGAGGAGAUCGGGGCGGACGUGGACGAGAUCGCGGUGGACGUGGGGGUCGCGGAGGACGCGGUGAUUUUAGAGGACGCAGCGAUUAUGGAGGACGCAACGAUUUCAGCGGACGUGGCGAUCGUCGAGGACGCAAUGACCGCGGAGGACGCGAUGAUUACGGAGGAAGUGGUGGAGCCCGUCGAGGCCACGUUUACGCUCCACGACCAACGUAUGAUCGUCCUGACCGUAGUUUUAACAGCCAACCUCGCGACGAACCAAUUCCUGCAACGCCAGCGAGUCCUCCACAAAUCAAUGCUAAUCGUUCGCCUUUGUACGACGAAAGCGAGAGCUGGGAUUGAAUAUUUACCAAAAAUUAUUUUGUUUGGAAAGUGCUGUUGAAGCCAUUAACUGCUGCCAUUAGUUUUUGGCGAAAUGACCAAAGCGCGCGCAACUUGCCUUGUUUUGUUUUUUUUUUAAUUUAAAUCGCGCAAUUUGCUGUUUUCUUUCUCCAUGACGAUUUGUAUUGUGCAACUGGAUCUGCAAUCAUUCCUAAUAGUUUUUAGUUUUUAUAUCGUAUAAUUAUAAAAAAAGAAAGAUUAUUUCUAUUUGAUUGUUAACUCUUGAAUAUUCUAUACUAAUCAGAGUCCAAAGAUAAUCUCAAUCGAACGAAUUUAAGAAUUAUCUAAAUUUGAAAUUUAAUGAUGUUGAAUUAAUCGACGCCAUGAAAUUUUAAUACCGUGCACGCCGAAUUUUUGCCUGGUACCAUAACCUGAUUCACCCUGUUCCUAUUUUCUACGCAUUUUGCGUAUAUCUACGCAGAUAUAUAAAUAAGAUUACUUAUACAUAGAUGAAAUUAUAACGAUAGCUAUUCCGGGAUUAUUCGGAAAUGCAAUAUUUUUGACGUUUUUCCCCAAUUUUUGACAUUCGUUGUAAAAUUAAUGUCAAUCGAACUAUAUGAAAAUCUUUAUGACUAUUUUCAAUAUUUUAUAUUACUAUGUGAAAUUCAUUAAAGAUUUAUUCGAAAAUGCA